AUGUCUGCCACCUCUGACCUUCGAUUGUCAACUUCACCCAUUGAAGAUCCAUUGUCACCAUUUUAUCUCCACCACUCAGACCACCAUGGCUCCAUCAUCAUCACUCCUAAGCUGACAUCAAAUAACUACUCAUCGUGGAGCAGAUCUUUCUUGCUAGCACUUUCCAUUCGAAACAAAUCUGGGUUCAUAGAUGGCUCGAUUCCAGAACCUGAUCUUCUUGAAUCAAUCUCACCACCCAUAGCCUCUACGGUAUUCUACAUCAGAAAAGCAUCUGAGGUUUGGGAAACUCUGAAGGAACGCUUCUCUCAACCAAACGAUGCAAGAAUUUGCAAUCUCCAGUUCAAUCUCUACAACAUGUCCCAAGGUACAAGAUCUGUUUAUGCAUAUUUCAUUGAGUUAAAUUGCAUUUGGGAAAAACUUAGGAAUUACAGACCGCUCCCACAUUGUAGUUGUGGCAAAUGUAACUCAGCUUGCUUUCAAACUUAUAUAGAUCAAUAUCAAAAGGAUUCGGUAUUUAGAUUUUUGAAUGGACUAAAUGAGUCAUUCUCUACUCUUCGAUCUCAAAUUUUGAUGAUGAAACCGUUUCCUUUAUUGAAUGAGGCAUAUAAUCUGGUGAUUAGGGAUGAGUCACAAAGGAAUUUAUAUUUGCAUACUAUGCCUAUCAUAGAGUCCUCUGCCAUGGCCACAAUGACAGAAGGAAAGGUUAAGUCUAAGGUGGAUGCUGUUUGUUCUUACUGUCAUAAGAAGGGACAUACUAAGGACAAGUGUUAUAGAUUGAUCGGAUUCCCACCAGAUUUUAAGUUUUCAAAGGGGAAAUAACUUCUUAAGAAAGGGAAUGCACGGUCUAUUAAUAGUGUUGGCCCUGUUACAUCGAAGGAAGAAUGUGAUGAAUCAACUGAAUCUUUGUCUUCACUGACUCUUUCUAAGUAUCAAAUUCAAAAGCUAAUGUCAUUGAUCAAUGAUCAUAUUGCUGAUGGUGAGAAUGAAUAACCAACCAAUCCACCCCAAGUGAAAACUUCUCUUGUGAAUUUAGCAUUAUUUGGUAUAAUCUUAAACCCUUUAUAUAUUUCUUCUGAUAAUUUGCCCAUUGAGUCAUUAGGUUGUCUGUCUGCUGCAUUACAUUCUUAUUCUUGUCAUAGGAACAAUUAUUCAUCUAAUGCACAUAGUGCAUUUUCUUUUUUCUAGAGCAAUCCCAAAUGUUUGUAAUACAUCUUGGAUUAUGGAUACGGGGGCUACAGAUCAUAUAGCUUGUUCUCUAGAUAAAUUUAUUUCCUCUAAACCCGUACAUAACAUGUACAUUCAGUUACCAAAUGAAACAAAGGCAUUAGUUUCACAUAUAGGCACAGUCAAGCUUUCCUCAUCACUCAUACUAAAGAAUGUUCUGUUGGUGCCUUCCUUUAAAUUCAAUUUGAUCUUUGUUACUGAACUUACCAAGUCCAAAAAUAUCUUACUGUUGAUUACUGAUUCAUAUUGUAUUGUCCAGGAACUAAGUUCAUGGACAACGAUUGGGCUUGCUAAAGCCAUUUCUGGACUAUACUUUAUGCAGGACAAGUGGGAUGCACAUACUUUUAGUCAAGCUAAAGUUGAACAGUUUAUUUCCUUUCCUUCCAAGUUGUUUUCCAAUACUUGUAAAAGUUUGCCUAAAAAUUUUGAUUUAUGGCACUUUAGGUUAGGCCAUGCUCAUUUGAAUAAAAUCAAACUUAUUCAUGAAAAUUGUGCUAAUGUUUCCUCUGUUGAAAGUUUAUGUUGUGAAACGUGUCCAAAGGCAAGGCAAAAACAUUUACCUUUUCCU